AAAGGGGUGUAAUGAGAGUGUCAGGUGAAAUUUCAAUAUCACUGAAGUGUCACUUUCAUUUAACUGGCCGCUUUGUUGAACAUGGUCAAAUAUAAAGUAUAAUCUUUAUAAUAGUUUUAACAAUAGAGUAUUAUAGAUUACAUUUGUUUGCGCGACUACAUGCGCAUUAAGUCUAAGCUUGAAAGUUGACUUAUCACUAAUAGUGAUAUCUGUUGUCUACUCGCAUGUGUAACGUCAGUGACAAGUCAUGUGAUUUUUAUUUGGACUCUGAGACGUAGGGUUAAAUAACUGUGAGAAGUUUUGUGUUUUGUAAUAAGAUGGUUUACUUCAUCGUUAGAGACGAAAGUGAAUGACAUUUACAGCUAAUUGGAAAGUUAUUAAUUUUGUACAAACAUUAGUGUGAAGAAGGUUGUGUUACUGUGUAUCUUUCCUAUAAAUAACAUCUGCUUCUCGAAUUUAAAUUAGUAUUUGACCUUUUUUGUAUUUGUUGAAGUUACUAAAUUCUAAAGACUGUACAGUGUAUUAAUGGUUUAAAAACUGUGUACUGUACUGUAGUUAAAAGCCUCCCAUUAUGUUGCAAGCUCUAUUAUUUUAACAAGUAUCACUGAUACUUCAGAACAUCGUGUGUUUACUCAGUACAAGCUUACCCACAAGUGAGAAAACUUUCUAGUUAUUUCUGUGAAAGGAAACUUGGAGCUUGUGUUAAUAAAAAUAAUGGCAGCAGAAAUUAAACCUGUUGGAGGAGCCUUAGGUAAUUUGGGAAAUUCACGUAAACCUCAACUUCUUAACAAGCUAGAAGGUCAUCAAGAUACUGUGAACAUGGCAGUAAUUAUACCUGGAGAAGAUGGGGUAAUCAGUAUUAGUGAUGACAAGACAGUGAGAAUUUGGUUAAAGAGAGACACAGGACAGUACUGGCCAAGCAUCUGUCACUAUAUGCCUUCUGCAGCAACAUGUAUGGACUAUAACUCAGAAACUAAAAGACUCUUUGUAGGAAUGGAAAAUGGCUCAAUAUCUGAAUUUCAAGUAGCUGAGGACUAUAAUAGAAUGGCUCAUCAGCGUAAUUACCUGGCUCAUCAAGCCCAUGUGACUGGAGUUGUGUUUUCACUAAUCACUGAAUGGGUACUUAGUGUGGGACGGGACAAGUACUUUCAGUGGCACUGUUCUGAGUCUGGACGAAGAUUUGGUGGCUUUCACUGUAAUGCUUGGUGUACAGCUCUGCAAUUUGACAUGCAGUCUAAGCAUGCCUUUAUUGGAGAUUACUCUGGACAGAUAACUAUGCUGAAAAUAGAAUCUAGUGGCUAUAAACCUGUUACAACACUUAAAGGUCAUUCAGGAAGUAUUUGUUGCUUAUCAUGGGAUGCAGAGCGUCAGCUUUUGUUUUCUGGAAGUUUUGAUCAGUCCAUUGUAGUUUGGGAUAUAGGUGGUAAACAAGGAACAGCUUAUGAACUGCAAGGACAUCACAACAAGGUCACUGCUUUAUGUUAUGCUGGAAUGUCCAAGCAACUAAUAUCAGGAAGUGAAGACAGUAUUCUAGUUUUUUGGCACAUGGAAGUUGGACGUCAAGAAACUCCAGAAUGGGCAGAAAGUGAUUGUUGCCAGCGCUGUACUCGCCCUUUUUUCUGGAAUGUUAAAGCUAUGAUAGACCAGAAGACUAUUGGUAUUAGACAGCACCACUGUAGGAGAUGUGGGAAAGCUGUGUGUGAUGCGUGCAGUACUAAUCAGAGCUCUAUUCCUACAAUGGGCUACGAGUUUGAUGUCAGAGUAUGUGAUGAAUGCCAUAGUGUAAUUACUGAUGAUGAUCGAAUUCCAAUGGCUACAUUUCACGAUGCUCGUCACUGUAUUGUAGACAUGGAUCUAGAUGAAACAAGGUUCCACCUGUUGACAGUAGGCUCGGAUCGUAUCAUGAAGCUUUGGGAUGUAAGUAGCCUUCUAAACUGACCUUGUUAAGAAGCAUUAUGUAUGGACAAGAGUAUAUUUGUGUUGUCUCCUGUAAUCUUGUCAACCACACUACCAACGUAGCUACAAAACAACCAAUUAUUAGAACACUGUCCAUCAGUUGUGGGUCCAACAUGAAUGUUCCAACAACAUCUAGAGAGAGAGAGAGAGAGAUCUAAUGUUGGUGUGUGUGUGUGUGCUUUAAUUUUUUUUUCUUGUUGUUGUUGUUGUUUUGAAAAAGUUUAAAAUAUCGAAGAAAUGUGUAUCAUCAAAGCAACAAACUUUGGGUGGGGGUGGGGGGAUUAACUUAAUAGCUGUCAAGUGCAAUCAUAAUUAAUUUUUAGUUUUAUUUCUUCUAAACUUUCUAUAGUCAGUGAAGAAGGAUAUAAUCGUAUAAAAUGUCUGCUAGGUGUGUUUCUCUCUUUCUGAACUUAACUCUAAGAAGAAAGUUGUAAUAUUGUGUCUACUGAGUGUCUUAGUUUUUCUCUGAACUUUGUUUAAUUGGUGAAGAAAACUGUAAUCAUCAUGUAACUGUCUUCUAGGUAUUGUUAUUUUUAUGUGAACUUGGAUCACUGAAGAAUGAGUUAAUCAUAAAAAUGAUUGGUAGAUGUAUUUGUUUUUUCUUUGAACUUUGUUUAAUCAGUAAAGGAAGGUGUAAUAAACAUAUAAAUACUAAUUAUAAGUUUCUUUGAACUUCUGAGUAUGUGAACUUUGUAUUGAUAAUACUAUUAGUUGAAAUUAAAGAUUUGGCUGUUUUAUAGUAUUGAAUAAAAAUACUCAGUUUUGAAUAUAACAGAACCUGGUUAAUUUGUACUAACAUAAAAAAAA